AUCAAGACCGAAGUUCAAAAUAAGUGGAUAAACAGUGGAAGAUUCUCACUGUUUGACGACACCAGAGCUGCACAGUUCUGGGUGGUGAUCAGGGAGCUCACUGUAGAGGAUUCUGGAAUGUACCACUGUGGAGUUGAUAAAGAUUUGGCCAUUGACGUCUACAAACGAGUGGAACUGAAGGUAGAGGAAGAUCUGUCCUACGACAAGAGCAUCAGUGUGACUGGCCAUGUUGGAGGAGGUGUGAACAUCAGCUGCAAAUACCCAAAAUCCCACAGCAGUUACCCCAAGUUUCUCUGUAGGAGAGUGGGCAUUGUUAACUGUAGUUAUGAAACAUCAGUUAAAGAGAGCAGAAGAUGGAGAAAUGAGGGGAAACUGUAUCUAUAUGAUGAUGGAAAGCAGAUCUUCACUGUGAUCAUCAACCGUCUGACUGAGGGAGACUCUGGUGAAUACUGGUGUGGAGCUGAAUCAGACUGGACAUCUGACCAUGGAUACAAGGUCUAUAUCACCCAGAUCAACCUCCGAGUUACUGGUGAGUCAAUAUUAUGUUAA